ACAAACAAUAAAAGACUUCCCCUCUCCAUUCUUCAAUUACAUAAACCCCAGAAAAUCUAAGCAAAAAAUCCCACAAAUUUAGAAAACAGAUCCAUCUUUCCUGCAAAAUUUGCAGCUUGAAAUUCGCUGGAAAAGAAAAAGCUUUUUCAAGAAUGGUGUACUCAUACACACCCACAUACUACAGCACACUCCAUGACUCCAUCACCUCUAUCUGCAAGAACAUCUUGCCGUUUUCCUUCAAGAAAAAGCGGCUGCCCGCGAUCGCGGCUGCAGAGCAGCGCCUCUCGAAGCAGCAGACCGAUAAUCUCAAAUGGCAGCAGGAAUCGUUCCACCAAAUACUCAACUUGAUGGGGCUCUGCAAGGAGGGCAUUCUGGGUGAACCAGAGGUCUCUGCUUUCAGAUCCCACCUCCUCGAGACCCUCAUCGCCGCCCCGGUUGAUCAUGAACACCCACCUAUUUUAAGGGAUAAGCUAAUCUUCUUACAGGAGUUGUUAUACGCAAAAUGCAUAUCGGAGGAGGAGUAUCAUUCAUCGAAGAGGCCGUUGUUGCAAAGGCUAGCAGUUCAGGGGGGUGAGAUUGAGGCAAGAAAUGUGAUUGUUGGGUCAAAGAUAGAGAUCUCAGAUGAAGAGUGGUCUGUCAUAGACUUGAAGGAUGAUAAAGAAGAGAGCAUGAAUUCGAAACCCAAACCCAAACCCAAACAAAAAGCAGCUAUGAAACAAAUCAAAGGAGCUGCUGCAUCAGCAUUAGGCUUUGCCAGAAGUGAAAAGAUAAAGGAAGAGAAUCUGAAGCCAUUCAACCCUUCUCAAUCUACAGAGAACCCGUUUUGGAGCGAAUCGAAGUCGAUUCUUAUGGCAGAGAGCUUGGGUCCUGAGCCCAGUGUGAAAGUUGAGAAGCAGAGUGGAGGGGAGAAGCCAAAGAGGAAACCAUUUAGAUCUCUGUUUCAAACAGAGGCGAGUGAGGAGAAGGAGAAGUCUGGGAAGAAACAAUGGGGAUUUGAUGGUUUCAAGAAGUGGAAGAAGAGUGAUUCUGAUGAUGAAACAGCUCCACUGUCACUGGCUGAGAAAUCAGAUGGAAAAGAAACAUACCGAGAACCCAUUGGGGAGGGACCGGACACGAAACAGAUCAAGAAGAAGCUGCUUCCCAAUGGGGCUCCUUCAGAUUUCUUCGUCGAUAAGGUUCUGGGGGAGAAUAUAAAGAAAGAAUUAUUGCAAAUCCAGACAAAACUCGGUGAAAAGAACUCUAGCGUUGAGUUCACGGAUGAUCAAAUAGAAGCAAUUUCAACUAGGCUCCCAGUAGACAAGGCUGACCUGAAAAAGUUCUUCCCCAAGCAAUGGUGUGAUAGGUAUGGAGAUGUUGUGUUGGAUGUGGUGAGGAAGGAAUUCAAGCAGCAUGUUGCAGAGAUGGGGAAUUCUUCGCGGGGUGGCAAGGACAAACAUGAAAAAUACUCCAAGAAAUGGGAAACCUUUGAUGAUGUUGAAGAAGAUGAUGAUGAAAAUUGUCACCCAAAUCUGUUUGCUCAAUCUACUAAGCAAGAUACAAAGGGAUAUCAUGGCAUGAAUACCAGCAUUGAUAAGGGGUUUAAGUAUAACCCUUUCUUUGAUGUAUAGUUCUUCUCCUAAAUCUCUCAACUGUUGUUCCCAUGAACCAGAACCCUUUCUGGUAUCACCCUAUCUGUUAUUCUUAUGAUUUCUGCAAAACAUUAUAUAAAUGAUAGGCAAGUUUAUUCUUGCAUUCA